CUGUCCCGCUUGCAUCUCUCCCGCUUGCAUCUGUCCCGCUUGCAUCUGUCCUCCCUCAAAGCUGCUGCACCCCCAUCCGAUCGCUGUAUCUGUCGCCACGCCCGCCGCAUCCCUCAUGGCCACCGCUCACCAGGCCCUCAGGCCGCUCGUUCGGAAAUACUUUCUGCAGCUUGUCAAGAACGUCCAUCCGGACUACUAUGCCCAGAGCCCCACCGCCCGCUCCACCAACCAGGCUUCGCUCCAAGACCUGAACAAGUUCAUCGCCAGUGCCUUUCCGGGCGCUGUAUCGGGCCUCAGAGAGCCGCCAGAGAAUCCCGCCACUCCAUCGACCGCGGCGGCCCAAAAAACACCAAUUCGGUUUUACUGUCGACCACAACGGCGGUCCGAUGCUUCUCUCGCCAGCACUGACCACUGCAGCGAGAAUGCCCCGUCGUCGGCAUCCAGUCGCCCAGCGCUCUCUGGUCGAGCGACAUCUGUGCGACCCACCAUCCAGACCACGCCGGAUCGUCUGAUACCCGACCCCAUUGCAUCAGCGUCGCAGCUACGGGCUCACUCGCCCCCAGUGUUGUCAGCACUGACAGAGGAACAACUGCAGCUCAUCCAGCACGAGCUGAGCGUCAGUAUCGGACUCGGAGCCUCGCGGUCCCUCAAGAUCCCAUCGCUGGUCGUCCGUCGCCUCGAUCGCCAAGCCAGGGCCGAGACCGAGAGCCGGCUGCUGGCACUAUCGCUUCUGCACCUGUGCGAAAAGUGCGGCGUCGAUCUCGAUCAGGACGAAGUUGCUUUGCUCGAAAACCAGGUCAAGGAAAAGCUUGGACUCGACCCGGAUGCUCCUACGGCGGCUUCAUCUCCAGGAUCGUCUGCCAGGCGCGAAGGCGACCGCGAUGUAUUUGUUCGGGAGAUGCGCAAGUCCAUCGCAAGCAUCGAUAAGACCAUCGCUGCAGACACACUCGCACAAAGAGCGUCUCCGUCACCGUCGGCAUCGUUGCGAGCUGCCAAGAGCAUCCGCUCGCGCUCGGACGGCUGGGAUGACUCGGAGUUUGAGUUUGUUGCUCCCACCGGCAGUGUCGCCUCGAUGUCGACGAACAGGAGAUCGACCUCGACGACGGCACAGACUCGAGCCAGACGAGACCCGGGAGAACACGGAUCCAGCGACGCCAGCAUCCGGAAUUGGGUCCAGGCCCAUGCCAUCUUUGCAAGACACCUCGAUUUUCCUCACAUCCGGGAGUUGUUCUCCGACCGUCUCCGGAAAUGCCGCCGGGAUGUCGACUUUGACCAAUGGCGGAACCUCCCGGUGGUUGUGGGCGACCAGUACGAAACCAUCGAGGGGAUCCUGGCUAUUCCGUGGGACUUUGAGCCACACGACCUGCAAAAGUAUCUCCGCUAUCGGUUGCUAUCUGUUCGGCACGAACACGAAGCCACGCUGCGGCAGAUGAGAGACCGGCACUGGGCAGCCGAGGGCCAUGAUGAGCGUUGAUGGAGACGCACCGACGACCCUCUCUCGUGAACCAAGAGGCUCUGCUCCUCAAUAUACACACAUGCCGUCGGCGGAUGGCACCCGCGGGCCA